AUGUGGCUGGUGCUGCCACUACUUUUGCUGGUCUCUGUCUGGGCCCAAGAAACCAGCGUUGAACCCCAGCCUGGUAUGGUGAUAGCACAGCGAUUAGCUGAAACCUUACCUCGUCUUCCUAACGUGAUAUCUGGCCAGAUGGAGGGUAAACCUGAAGAGUUAAGAAGCAUGAUUUCACACAUGUUGGGAGAUGGUCUGAUCAGCCAGUUGGUUACAAACCCACUUGGGGUAAGUCCAUGGAACUAUAACCUCAUACUGAUCAGGAAUGAAUUUUUUAGGUGGCUGAAGGAAUGGGUGUUCAGCUCAGCAACCUUGGGAUUAACAAAACUGAUGUUGAGAAAAAGAUGCUGUUGGGAAGCGGAAAUUCCAGUGCCCUUCCGCUAUUUCCAUUGCGAGUUUUUUGUUUUACUUUCUAUAAUUUGA